AUGGCCAGCUCGGGUGCUGUUCAGGUGAAACUAGAACUCGGUCAUCGUGCCCAGGUCCGUAAGAAACCCACUGUGGAAGGCUUCACCCACGACUGGAUGGUGUUUGUCCGAGGACCGGAGCACAGCAACAUCCAGCACUUUGUGGAGAAAGUAGUUUUUCACCUGCACGAAAGUUUCCCCAAACCAAAAAGAGUGUGCAAGGAUCCACCGUACAAAGUGGAGGAGUCUGGAUACGCAGGCUUCAUCUUGCCUAUUGAAGUGUACUUCAAAAACAAGGAAGAACCCAAGAAAGUUCGCUUCGAUUACGACCUGUUCCUCCACCUGGAGGGCCACCCACCUGUCAAUCACCUGCGCUGCGAGAAGCUCACCUUCAACAACCCGACGGAGGAGUUUCGUAGGAAGCUGCUUAAAGCCGGAGGGCAACGGGAUCCUCACAAACGAAGCUCAGAAGACUCAAAAGUGAUGGUAAUGCAGGAGGGCUCGACCUCCCUGUUCGGCCAGCACCUGAAGCUGCCCACGCUCCCCAACAGCUCACUGACGUCCACCUUCUCCGACCCAAAGAAGAGCAGCAAAGGCUUCCACGGAUCAAAGGAUGGCUCCAAAGGAAGCGGUACUACCCUUCUCACCACCGCCACAACCACCAGCACCAACAGCAGCAGCUUCUCCAAACUCCACAAACCCUCCAAGGACCACAAAGACAAGCCUCCAAAAGACUUGAAAGAGCCCAAAAGUGCCUUCAGAGACUCUGGCUGGGAACCCAGCAAAGCCCCCAAAGAACCUUCCAGGAAACCCAAAGAGAACCAGCCACUUAGAGAUAUAAAUCCUAAGAUGGGCUUCAAGGAACCCAAGUCUUUGUCCAAGGAGCAUCGGACUGAGGGGAUGACCCACGGGUCGGGGCUUAACAAGCGCCUGUCUACCCCUGACGGUGACGAUCAUGUGACCAAAAAACGUAAAAAGGGAUUUGUGGAAUCAUCAGGGAAGCAGACAUCGGGGUUGGACGCUCAUCAUUUGGAUAAGAAACUAUUGAAGGAUAGAUCACAGAUGCAAACGAAUAAAUUACGAGCCGAGAGCGACGAGACCGAUCGCAGGAAGGCGUCGACGCUUCCACCUUUCCAGGAACUGGUGGACCCCAAUGACUCUGAUAUGGAGGACCAGUCUAACAAAUCAGAUUCAGAACAGCCCAGUCCAGCCAGUUCCAGCUCCAGUUCAGGCUUUGCUCCCAUGCAUCACAAACGCCAAGUGCUGGGCCCGCUGCAGUCAGUCAUGCAGGAUCUGCACUCGGACGACAACGACGACGACUCGGAGGACGACGACGACAACGACAUGGACUCUGACAUGGAGAGACCCACGCACGCACAUCUCACACACCACCAACGCAGGGUCAGUUUGAGUGACGGCAGUGAGAGUGACAGCUCCCCCCCUUCCUCCCCCUCCCGCAACGAGGCUCCGCCCUUAUUAAAGACUACUAAUAACCAGAUUCUGGAUGUGAAGAGUCCCACCAAGCAGAGCAAACAGGACAAGAACAAAAAUCUAGAUUGUGACAAGGCUUACCUUGACGAGCUGGUGGAGCUGCACAAAAGACUGAUGACACUAAGAGAAGGUCAUAUACUACAACAGAUUGUAAACCUCAUUGAAGAGACGGGACACUUCCACAUCACAAACACUACUUUUGACUUCGACCUUUGCUCCUUGGACAGAAGUACAGUAAGGAAACUCCAGAGUUACCUGGAGACCUCCGGACUGUCCUGAGGCUCUGAGCAGCUGGCUGCUGGAUCUGUCUCCACAUAUACUUUUGUUUCUUUUGUUUUUUUUUUCUUGAAUGAACUCCACCUUUUGGAUACAAUGCAAAAGCCCCACUGUGGCUUUGGUCCAGUUGUGUUCAGCCUGUUGGUUGGACCGGGCUCUCUUGAAUGAAGAGGUCCCGCGACAGAAACCAGAGCCAGGUGUUGUGGGGGAUGAGCCCUGUCGAUCAGGA